AUGCUGUGUGCGUUCAACGGCACGGCCCUGAGGAGCGUCCUGCCUCCACUGCUGCUCUCACAGUUCGUCCUGGGAGCCCUGGGGAACGGCCUGGCCCUGUGGAUCUUUUUCUUUUACCUGAAGCCGUGGAAGAGCAGCACUGUGCUCCUCUUCAGCCUGGCCACGAGCGACUUUCUGCUGAUCCUGGUGCUGCCGUUUCGGGCCAGUUACUACCUCUCUCAGCUGCAGUGGCACUUCGGGGGCUUCAUGUGUAACCUGUGCCUCUUCAUGCUGGCCAUGAACCGCACUGGGAGCGCCUUGUUCCUCAUGGCCAUCGCUCUGGACAGGUACAUGCGUGUGGUCCACCCCCAUCACCCAGUCAACUUCUUAAGCCUCUCCAAAGCCAUGUGUGGAGCGGCUGUGCUGUGGCUGAUGGCCAUCUCCAUGAGCGCUCACAUAUUUACCUUAAAACACAACAAUCACACGUACUGCCAGAGCUUGAGUCUGCCUGAGACCGAGCUCCCAGGGAAUUUGACUUGGCAUAAAUUUGCCUUUUUGUUCUCCUUCUACAUGCCUUUCCUGGUGAUCCUCUACUGCACUGUGAGCAUCACGUCUCAUCUGAGAGGAAGGCAGAUGGCCCAGCACGCCACAACCAAGAACGCUUUACGUUUUCUCAUCGUGGUGCUUGUGCUCUUCGCCCUCUGCUUCCUUCCCAGUAACGUGGCUCAGGUCGUCAUGUGGUACAGGAUAAACACAGCUGUGCACACACUGUCCGAGAGCCAGGUGUGCGCCGUGAUGGAGGAGCUGACCACAGUGUUCACCUUCACCAUCAGCCUGACCUACCUGAACAGUGUCCUGGACCCACUGGUCUACUACUUCUCCAGUCCGACCAUCAGGACCAUCUGCAGGAGGGCGCUGCAUCUGCCCCCGGCCUCAGAGCAGAGACCACAGCUCAACAGGACGAAGGAGGAGGGUUUAUGA